GCUUCUUCGCUGCCCGGCCCUGCAGAGCGGAGGUCUGCAGGCUCUAGUUUAGUAAAGCGCAUGCAAACCCGGCCAGAAGCCACCGCACUUAUCAGCAGAUCUCAUGAUUGUUUGGUAAAGGCUCUGCGGGUCUACGCAGGUCACCUCCCUCGGAACUCCGCGACUCCACGUCGGAGCCAGCCCUCGGCCCCCCUGCAGUCGGACGGUUACAGCCGCGGGAGACCUGGAGGCGGUGGCAGCGGCCCAGGAACUAGCAGCAGCGCCCGGGAAAGAAGCAGGAAGAGAAGAGUAUUGUCUCCUAGGAAUCCAGCCCUGGAGAAAUGAGGAGAAUUCUUCCCAAGAUGGUCUCCCAUUCAGAGCUGAGGAAACUUUUCUGUUCAGCUGAUGCAGUGUGCUUUGAUGUUGACAGCACAGUCAUCAGGGAAGAAGGAAUUGAUGAGCUGGCCAAAUUCUGUGGAGUUGAGGAUGCUGUGUCAGAAAUGACACGGCGAGCCAUGGGCGGGGCAGUGCCUUUCAAGGCUGCCCUCACAGAGCGCUUAGCUCUGAUCCAGCCCUCCAGGGAACAGGUGCAAAGGCUCAUAGCAGAGCACCCACCACACCUGACCCCCGGCAUAAGGGAGCUAGUAAGUCGCCUACAAGAGCGAAAUGUUCAGGUUUUUCUAAUAUCUGGAGGCUUUAGGAGCAUUGUGGAACAUGUUGCUUCAAAGCUCAACAUCCCACCAACCAAUGUCUUUGCCAACAGGCUGAAAUUCUACUUUAAUGGUGAAUAUGCAGGUUUUGAUGAGAUGCAGCCAACAGCCGAAUCUGGUGGGAAAGGAAAAGUUAUUAAACUUUUAAAGGAAAAAUUUCACUUUAAGAAAAUAGUCAUGAUUGGAGAUGGAGCCACAGACAUGGAAGCCUGUCCUCCUGCUGAUGUUUUCAUUGGAUUUGGAGGAAAUGUGAUCAGGCAACAAGUAAAGGACAACUCGGAAUGGUACAUCACUGAUUUUGUAGAGCUUUUGGGAGAACUGGAAGAAUAAGAUCCGUUUUUAUACAGUUCAUAACAACUUCAGGUUAAUUUUUAAAAGUUAUACAGUUUGAUACUGUUUGCUUCCAAUUGCAUAUUAGGACUUAAUAUAUAAAUUUAGUACUGAUUAUCUGUACUUCCAAGUAAACUAUAGUUAGGGCUCCUAGAACAUUGUGGUUCGGUUUUUUUUUUUUUAACUGUAGUUCUGGUAUUAUUAUGACCAUUUAAUUACCUGGAGAGUUUUAUAAUUUGAAUUCUUUAUGUAUUUUCCUAGCUAUAUUUUAUUUGAAGCCUUUUGAAGGUGGAUAGUAAACACCUUCAUUAUUGGAAAUAUGGAUUAGGCAGCUUUAAGUGAAAUUGGUUUUCCCUUUAUAUAUAAAUAAAAGUUUAUCCACAUAUCAGAA